AGGCGACUGUACAGAAUGUCAAAGCUAAUCUCCAACGUCGCUCUCUCUCGCCAUUGCUUCUUCCUGCCGUCAUCAUCUUCAUCCGCGAGAGCUAUUCAUCCACUCCAUCAGUUCGCUCAUACGCGUCACUUCCUCGCGCCACGAGUUUUUUCGUCGUCUUCGUCUGUAAAUCACUCAAAGCUCAAGAUGGAGGCGGAGCAUUACAAAUUCGGGCCGUACAAAAUUGAUCCCAGCGAAGUCUUCUUCUCAACCAAAUUCUCAUAUGCUUUGGUCAACCUGCGCCCUCUUGUUCCUGGUCAUAUCCUUUCCAUUGCAACUAAUUAAGUGGUUUAUUGAAUUUCAUUGGGGAUAUGUGUUUUUGCAAUUGGCUAAAGUUGAAAUGGUGAAAUUAUGUGAGUCAAAAAGAUAAGUUUGAUGUAUGGUUUGCUUUAGCGUUAAGGUGCAUAUGUGGAUAGCACAUCCAUAAAGCAUACCAUGCUGGCAUGUUGAUACAAUAUGGUUGGUUAAUCUUGGACUUUCGCCCUUAAACAUGCUUUCAAUUUCUUUACAUUAGUAUAUGAUGGAUGAUAUGGUUCAAAGAAAUGUGUAUUUUUUGUUUUCUAACAAUGUUUUAGUGUAGGACACAUAAUGGACUAAAUCAAAAUGACACAUUAUACUUCCCUUGCUUCUUACUUUCUAUGAAGUUUUGGGCAAUAAAUGCAGGAUUGCAGUUAUGGUCUAGCGGAAACAGUCUCUCUGUUAUCACAUGGCAUACAUGUGCUUGUCUGCCCAAGGCGUGAAGUGAAGCGUUUUGUUGAUCUCACUGCUGACGAGACUAGUGACUUGUGGUGUGUGGCACAAAAGAUUGGGGGCCAACUCGAGUCUUACCACAAUGCAUCAUCACUCACUUUUGCAAUCCAAGAUGGACCUCAGGCUGGACAGACCGUUCCUCAUGUUCAUAUUCACAUCAUGCCUCGCAAAAGUGGCGACUUUGAGAGAAAUGAUGAAAUCUAUGAUGCUUUGGAUAAAAAGGAGAAGGAACUGAAGCAGUCUCUUGACUUGGACAAGGAAAGGAAGGACAGAACCCCAGAUGAAAUGUCUCAAGAGGCAGCUGAAUAUAGAAAGCUCUUUAUGUGAGACUAUGAUUUGUGGGUUUCAAGAUUAUCAUUACUCAUAAAUUACGAGUAUCCAUUUCUAGGUUAGUAAUUAACAAAAAAAAAAGAUACUUUGGAGUGUGUGGGAGGAUAAUUUGGUCAAUUUAUUGUGUUUCAUUUUAUGUUUUCUAAAUGUGCUCUUAUGGGGAACAAACGUCUUCAGAUUAG